UAGCCAGACUAGUUCCGGUCCGGGGCGGAAGUGCGCGGGACUGUCUCGGCCGCUGACCGUCUGGCAUCAUGGUGGCUCACGGGCUGCAGGUGGCUCACGUGUUUUGCUGCCCAAACCGGGUUCGAGGAGCUUUGAGCUGGAAUUGCGGGUCUGGGGGACUCCUGGCCUUCGGCACGUCCUGCUCCGUGGUUCUCUAUGACCCUCAGAAAUGCGUGGUUAUUAACAACCUGAAUGGUCACACCGCUCGAGUCAAUUGCCUGCAUUGGAUACGUAGACUGGAUUGCUCCCCUUCCUCUGAAUUGGUGUCUGGAGGAUCUGACAAUCGAGUGAUUUACUGGGAAUUAGAGAAUAAUCAGGUUUUAAAAGUAGCCCGUCUUCAAGGCCAUGAGGGACCUGUUUAUGCUCUGCACGCUAUUUACCAGAGUGACCCAUCUGAUGGUGUGCUGCGUACUCUGAUAGCUUCUGCAUCUUCAGACUCUACAGUUCGACUAUGGUCUAAAAAGGGACCGGAAGUAAAACACCUUCAGACCUUGAACUUUGGGGAUGGAUGUGUUCUGGCUGUCUGCCUGUCUGUUUUGCCUGAUACUAAUGUACCAAUAUUAGCGUGCGGUGAUGAUGACUGCAAAAUUCACCUAUUUAUUCAACAGGAUGACCAGUUCCAGAAAGUGCUUUCUCUCUGUGGACAUGAGGACUGGAUAAGAGGAGUGGAAUGGGCGACCUUUGGUAGCGACCUUUGCCUAGCAAGCUGUUCACAGGAUUGCCUAAUAAGAGUAUGGAGACUGUAUAUGAGACCAACAUCGUUAGAAGAUGAGGACGAUAGCAUAAAGCUAAAGGAAAACACCUUCACUCUACAGGAUGGAGGAAUUAGUAUAACGGCUGCGAUAACCCUGGAGACCCUGCUGGCUGGACACGAGAACUGGGUAAACUCAAUUCACUGGCAGCCUCCAUUUUACAAAGAUGGUGUUCUGCAGCAGCCAAUGAAAUUGCUAUCUGCCUCCAUGGACAAAACCAUGAUUCUCUGGUCUCCAGAUGAAGAGUCGGGGGUUUGGUUAGAACAGGUCCGAGUAGGUGAAGUAGGUGGAAAUACCCUGGGCUUUUACAAUUGCCAGUUUGGAGAGAAUGGCACCAUGAUCAUCGCUCACGCAUUCCACGGAGCACUGCACCUUUGGAAGCAGAGUAUAGUAAACCCGAGACGAUGGGUUCCAGGGAUUGUUAUUUCGGGACACUUUGAUGGUGUCCAGGACCUAAUAUGGGAUCCAGAGGGAGAAUUCAUCAUCACCACUAGCACCGACCAGACAACUCGCCUUUUUGCUCCAUGGAAGAAGAAAGGCCAGUCACAGAUGACUUGGCAUGAGAUUGCAAGGCCCCAGAUUCAUGGAUACAACCUGAAGUGUUUAGCCUUGAUUGAUCGGUUUCUGUUUGUGUCUGGAGCAGAUGAAAAAGUUCUUCGUGUUUUUUCUGCUCCUCGGAAUUUUGUGGAAAAUUUUUGUUCCAUUUCAGGGCAGUCACUGGACCACAUGCUUUGUGAUGACGACCCUGAUUUUCCAGAAGGAGCCACUGUUCCUGCAUUGGGGCUGUCAAAUAAAGCUAUCUUUCCAGGAGACCUGGUCCCUCAGAUAUAUGAGGAGGAUCCGCUGUUAUCUAACCCUGCCUUUGGGUAUCCCGAGGUGAUCUUUCAGCCUGCUGUCCUUUCUGAGCCUCCCGCUGAGGACCAUCUUCUGCAGAACACGUUGUGGCCUGAAGUUCAGAAACUGUAUGGACAUGGCUAUGAGAUAUUUUGUGUUGCUUGUAACAAUUCGAAGACUCUGAUUGCCUCUGCUUGCAAGGCAGCUCAGAAGGAACAUGCAGCGAUCAUUCUUUGGAGCACAAUGUCUUGGAAACAAGUGCAGAGUCUUGUUUUCCACACCCUGACUGUCACGCAGAUGGCCUUCUCACCUGAUGACAAGUUCUUACUGGCUGUGUCCAGAGAUCGAACCUGGUCUUUGUGGAAGAGGCAGGAUGUGACCUCACCCGAGUUCGACCCAUUUUUCAGUCUCUUUGCAUUCACCAACAAGAUCACUUCUGUGCACAGUAGAAUCAUCUGGUCUUGUGACUGGAGUCCUGAUAGCAAGUAUUUCUUCACUGGAAGUCGAGACAAAAAGGUGGUUGUCUGGGGUGAGUGCAACUCCAAUGAUGACCUCGUGGAGCACAGCAUUGGCCCCUGCUCCUCUGUCCUGGAUGUGGGCAGUUCUGUGACAGCUGUCAGUGUCUGCCCCGUGCUGGACCUAGUCCACAGAUAUGUGGUAGCAGUCGGAUUGGAGAGUGGGAAGAUUUGUUUAUACUCCUGGAAAAAGACCAAUCAAGAAGUCAAUGACUGGACCCGGUGUAUAGAAACAACUCCAAGCCAAGGUCACGCGCUUGGUGUCAGAAAGAUUGCCUGGAAGAGCUGCAGUGGGGACACCGAGGAGCCUCACGAGGUCACCGAGUGGCUGCACUUCGCAAGCUGUGGUGAAGAUCACACUGUGAAGAUUUACAGGGUUAGCAGGUGUGCACUGACAGACAUGACACACCCUGCCGUGCCUCACGGGUGUUAGGAUGCCCCUCCUCCUGCCGUCCCCUGGAGGCCCUGGCUGCUUUCCCUUGCUGUGUACACAUACAAACGCCCAGAUCUCACCCCCACCGUCAGAGAGGAUUGGGUCUACCUGUGUGUUCCUCGUGAAGGACAUUUGUUCCUCGUGGCUAGAUUUGUCUCAUUUUGUAUUGUGUUGAGUCUUUAGCUCUCUCUGUGUAAGUUUUGUGCUGUGACAGCAUGCUGGAGGAAGGGUACUAGGUGAAGAAAAAGGUUUUUUAGCUCAGAGUUCUGGGAGUUGAAGAGCAUGGCCCUGGGAUCUGCUUGGUUCUGAUGAGGGCCUUGUGGGUAGGCUGACAGUACUGGGAAAUGUGUCUGGGAAAGGGAGAUCACAUGAUGGACAGGAAGCCAGAGAGAUUGAGGAAGGUACCACAUCUGUUUAAAACCCUCUCACUUGGGGCUGGAGAGAUGGCUCAGCAGUUAAGAGCACUAACUGCUCUUCCAGAGGACCUGAGUUCAAUUCCCAGCACCCACAUGGUGGCUCACAACCAUCUGUAAUGAGGUCUGGUGCCCUCUUCUGGUGUGUAGAAAUAUGUGCAUGCAGAACACUGUAUACAUAAUAAAUAAUAAAAACGUCUUAAAAAAAAAACACAUUAGACAGUAGACUUUUCCAGCACGUGACUUCUGGAAUGUACACUCAGAUGUGUCCAAAGCACUUUCUUUGGGAUGCUUUCUUAUUUAUCACCUUCUUCAGAGGCUGGAGAUUGAGGGAAUAACAGAAGCCCAGAGUGUUCGAUUUUUACUUUUACACUCCAUCUAAAUAAGCACACCACACACAGUGUGCUGUCUUGACCUCUUUUUCCUACUAGCUGCCAAGUAUUCCAGAACUUGGCAGGCAGUUGUAAGCUUGAACUGUAGCCAUUCCCUUGCUUUAUCUAAAGAAAGGCAUUGAGAUUCUUCUCUUAAAAACUUCAAGUAUCAUUUCUGGAUUUUAAGUAAUAAAUCGGGCUGGACAGUAA